AUGCCGGGCGCUUCGUCGAGACUGUCGCCAACAGUGUCGCCGAGACUGUCGCCACGACUGUCGCUGGCGGCGUUGGACUCCAUCGUUUUGGGGGACGAACUGUGGCGGAGCAUUGAGCGGCUCGACGGGCGCGCCGACGGCGAAGAGGGAUGCGACGACGAGGGGCGCGGCGCGCAAGAAGGGUGCGGUGCGGAGGAAGGGUGCGGUGCGGAGGAGGGUUGCGACUCUGGUAAUGACGGCGCGACGCCGUGGGACGACGUGGUGAAGGACCUCUUUCCUGAGCUGCAUGCCGCCGCCCAUGAUGCCGCCCAUGAUGCCGCCCCGCCACCGCCUCCGCCGCCGCCCACAUCGGAUAUCGUGCUGCAGGUCCCGGCCAUUUCGUCUCCCCCUGCGCCCCCCUCCCCUCGCUCCGGCCCCACCUCCCUCUUCGGCUCUCUUCCCGCCGCUAGCAUCGGGCCGCCCCCCUCCGCCUGCGCGCGCGCGGAUUCCCCGUCACUGAAUGCCGCGCAGCUGCCUUCCGCUGGCAGCGAGCCCAUGAUCGACGCGACGAGGCUCGUGCGCGGGGCGCCGCAUACUGGGGGGGCAGCUCCGCCGCUCCUCUGCGCGCGGGCGCCUGACCGCCACGACCGCCGCGCUUGCGCGCUGCUCGCGCUGCCUGCCGCGUCUUCGCGCAUCCCGCCUCCGGCAUGCGCGCUGAAACGGCGGGCGGACGAGCUGAGAAGGGGCGAGGGCGCGCGGAGUGGCUUCGCCAAGACCCCGCCUGCCUCGAGAAGCAGUUGCGGCGCCGCUGAUGGUCCUGAUUGGCAGAACCCCGCCACGCGCACAGGAGGCGGGAGGGUGAGGCCUGGCCCGCCCUCGCCCCUCCUUCUCCCACCCCUCGCUCUUCCGCCUUCCUCUCCCCCAGUCCUCAGAACCCCCUCCCCCUCCUUUUCAGCCCUCACGCUCCCGACCCCCCUCGCACUCCCCACGCCAUCCACGCCCUUCCCGUCUGACCGCGCGCCCCCUGCCGCCACUGCGCACCCCCCUCACCCCUCACCCGCGCAUCUUCCCGCCAGCCCCUCACCUGCCCGCUGCCCUGCCACCUCCCGUUCCCGCCCCUGGCGCAAUUACGGGGCGGCUGAGAGGCCAGGUGGCGGAGAUUUUGGGGGAACGGCCGUGGGGGGAGGAGCGACCAUGGGAAGAGGAGCAACCGUGGGGACAGGAGCUGCAGUGACAGGGAGAGCAGCAGUGGGCAUUAGGAAAAUUGUGGGCGCACACACAGUGGCGCUGGGAUUGCGAGGAGUGGGCAAGGCAGACGCACCAGCAUCCAUGGAAAUAACUGCACAGGCAGAAGCAGAGGGUGCAGCAGCGGUGGUGACCCCAGUAGCAUCGGCAGCAUUGGUGGGUGCAACAACCGCAAGAACACCUUCAGAUGCACAAGCAGUGGCUGCAGAACGGGAGACGGCCGCAGCAGCAGCAGCACCUGGGGAAAGAGGAGGGUCAGCAGAGCUUGCCAGGGCAGCAGGCGGGGCAGGCAGCGCCGCAGGCGAGGGGUUGGCCGGGGCAAAGUGGCGGAAGGUGGGGGGUGGGGGACGCGUGUGUAUGUCGGCGGAAGCAGCGGCAGCACUGGAGGAAUACCGGGAGAAGGCGGCACAGCGGCAGCGGCGAGGCACUGCCAUGGACGCCCAGAGCGUGGCUGCUAGACGCAGGAGGGCCAACAUCAGCAGCAGAAUGGGCGUGCUCAAGGUUUCUCCACCACCUACGACACGCCAUACAUUCCCAUUCCUAACCCUUAUCUCCCAUCACUCCUCCCCUCUCCCCCUUCCCCCCCCUCCUCGGAAUGCUUCCCACCAGUCGUUGGUGCCGGGCAGUGCAAGGCUGGACACGGCAUCACUGCUGGAGCGAGCAGCAGCGUACAUCGCCUUCCUGCACGACCACUCCCUGGCUGCGGGCGCCGGGCACGCUGACCAGCUGCAAGCACGCUUCACUGACGGGUUGGGUGCCGCGGAUGAGGUGUUGGACGGCGGUGGCAGUGACGCCUGUGCUCAUGCUGGUGGGGUUGGUGCUGGUGGGAGUGCUGCUGGUGCUGGGAAUAGGGAUGGAGGUGGUGGUGCAGAUGAUGCGGACUGCAUGGACAUCUGA